AUGGAGAAAGGCGCCCAGCAGCAGCUGUCCAAAAGUGCAGAGAGUCCGGCGGAGGACAUCUCCAAAAUCCCUGACGAGGAGCUGCUGAAGUGGGGAAAAGAGGAGCUGGUGCGGCGGCUGCGGAGGGCAGAGGCGGAGAAGAGGGGCGUCAUCGUGGAGCACGGAAAUCUGAUGCGGGAGGUGAACAGGAGGCUCCAGCAGCACCUGAACGAGAUCCGGAGUUUGAAGGACGUGAACCAGAAACUACAGGAGGACAACCAGGAGCUGCGGGACCUGUGCUGCUUCCUGGAUGACGACCGGCAGAAGGGGAAGCGGGUGUCGCGGGAGUGGCAGCGUCUGGGUCGCUACAGUGCCGGCCUGAUGAGGAAGGAGGUGGCCAUCUACCUGCAGAAGCUGAAGGAGCUGGAGCAGCGGCAGGUGGAGGUCAUCCGGGAGAAUCUGGAGCUCAAGGAGGUAUGCCUCAUGCUGGAGGACGAGAGGGCUGCGGCUGCAGGAGGAGGGGGAGGUGGUGUGGGUGGGCAGGGAGGCCCUGGCUGCAGGACCUCCAUAGACAGUCAGAGUAGUCUGUCUCAGCUGGGUGGAGGCGCGCCUGCGCCUGGCCUGCUGCGGGACGUUGGCGAUGGGAGCAGCACCUCCAGUGCAGGGAGCACAGACAGCCCUGAUAACCCCCACCACAAACCCCCUCCCCUGGGCUCUAAUGCCAGCCCUGGGUCUGGAUCGAGAUUCAUCUCUUCAGAGCAGCCGAGAGACGUGUGUGAAUCCACCGGCAGGAGGCACAGCUCCACCCCAGAGUAUCACACCUUCCCCCAGUCCUGCCGCCCCCGCGGUGGCUCCCUCACCAACCUGGACCCCCGCGGCCUUCGAGGACACAGCCCCGAGAAACACAGCAAGUCUCCCACCAAGUUACCAUGCGACUCCCACCCCAAACCCUGUAGCUCUGAUCUACUAGCCCAGAAACAGCUACUGAUGUCAGGGCAGGCAUCACCAGGGAAGGGCUCUGCGAAGUCCAGCCCAGAACUGAGUCAGAGACACCGGCAGGUGAACACAGCAGGGGCAGGCUGUGGGAGUCCUGAGGCCAAGCAGGCAGUCAUGGGAACCCCAGAGUAUCUGAGGAAAGGCCGAGUGAUUGUGGGCAGUCCAGAGUCCAUACGGCAUCACCAUCACUAUCAGCAAAGCCCUGGGCUGGAGCAUGGCAAGGGGAGGUAUAGCAGUGGCUCCCCUGGCAGGGACAGAGGUCAGAGGAGGGCAGCGGGAGAGGAGAUGGCCCCCCACCACCAGAGUCUGUACAACGGGCCUCCACCUCCAUCUUUGCACCAGUUCAAUCCUCCCAUGGUGCUGGGCGAUCCCUGGCUGCGGAAACAUAAUCCGUUGAUUGAUUGGAGCAAGGAGGAGGUGAAAUCCUGGGGGCCCCAGUGCUAUGUCAGCUGCCUUCGUUCCGCUCUGAUCCCUGCAGAUCCUUGGAACCUUCCAACCCCCACCAAGCCAGUAGAUUUGUCUUCUGUUCCUCAAGAAUAUCAUGACCUGGCCACUGUGUUUAAUAAGGAUGAUGCACUUUCUCUGCUGCCCCACAGACCCUACGACCGUGCCAUUGACCUCCUGCUCGGUGCCCCGUUACCCAACAAUCUUUCAAAACCCAAGCAGACCGCCAUGGAGACUUACAUUCGGGAUUCCCUCACUGCCGGAAUCAUCCGUCCCUCUUCCUCACCAGUCGGCGCUGGCUUCUUUUUUGUUAACAAAAAGGAUAAAACACUCCGUCCCUGCAUUGACUUUCGUGGCCUCAACGGCAUCACUGUCAAAAACACCUAUCCUCUCCCGCUCAUCAAUUCAGCUUUCACUCCGCUGCAUGGGGCCACUGUUUUUACGAAACUGGACUUGAGAAUGCAUACCACCUGA